CAGUCUGUCCCUCUGGUGCUGGAGCUAACAGGACAAGGGGACCUUUUUUAGGGUUUGUCUUGGGCAGGUAUCUGGAACCUUCUCUCAGCCCUCCUGUCUGGGAGGUGACCACCGCCUGCCCAGAUAGGUUGCAUGUGGUGGGGUUGAGAUCUGGACCUUCCCAGUAAGGUGAGGCAGGCACGCAGGACAUAGGCUUUUUAAAUGUUUAAAAGCCAAGAAAAUCACAGCAGCACUAGACGGGAGGAAAAUGAAAGACUUUGCAAGUGGCCAGGAAUUUGACUCUAGGAGUUGGUUUCCAAGAGCCUAAGUUAGGCAUCUCCAAGUGGAUAUUAAAAGGGAACAGCCAGGCUCCAGAGGCGGGGGCUGGAGGGGGCGGAGAGAGGAGGCGCCGGAAGCUGCACGCUGGACACCACACUGAGGGCCAGGCAGCUGGUCCUGCGCUCAGGGAGAGGACCCAGGGACUCCCUAGGAUCCCAUCGAGCCCCCACCCCCCCAUUUUUCAACUUUUCUCCUUGUGCUCCCUAUUCCCCUCUGUGUGGCAGAGACAAUGCUACUUCAGUUUGGAGCAGAGACAUAUGACCAACACAUGGAAAUGUGGUAAUUUGGAUCUGUUCGUGAUUGCAACAGAUUGAAGAAAUUAGACCAGACAAAGAGUGUUUUUAGAGGAAGAGGAGGAGGCAGAGAGAGGGAGGUUGACAGGGUGAGAAAGGGGAGGAGGACCCCUCCCUCCGCGCAGGGGACACCGGCAUCCUGUCUGCCUGCUGUAAAUACAUCCGUAGGAAUGGAGAGAGAUCGCAUCACAGCCUUAAAGAGAUCGUUUGAAGUCGAGGAGAUUGAGCCACCCAACUCCACGCCACCCCGGAGAGUCCAGACCCCUCUGCUCCGAGCCACAGUGGCCAGCUCCAGCCAGAAAUUCCAGGACCUGGGCGUGAAGAACUCAGAGCCUGCGGCUCGCCUUGUAGACUCCCUGAGCCAGCGCUCCCCCAAGCCGUCCCUACGGAGGGUGGAACUGGCAGGGCCCAAGGCGUCUGAGCCCAUGUCUCGUCGCACCGAGCUCUCCAUUGACAUCUCCUCCAAGCAGGUGGAGAGCACAGGCUCAGCUGCUGGGCCCUCAAGGUUCGGGCUUAAGAGGGCAGAAGUCCUGGGCCAUAAGACACCAGAGCCAGUCCCUCGGAGGACGGAGAUCACCAUAGUCAAGCCUCAGGAGUCAGCGCACCGCAGGGUGGAGACCCCUGUCUCCAAGAUCCCCGAGGUCCCUGCCGUGCCUGCCACUGAUGCAGCCCCCAAGAGGGUAGAGAUCCAGGUGCCCAAGCCAGCCGAAGCACCCAACUGCCCACCCCCGCCCCAGACCCUGGAGAACUCCGAGGCACCAAUGUCUCAGCUGCAGAGCCGGCUGGAGCCCAGGCCCCCUGUGGCUGAGGUCCCAUACCGAAACCAGGAGGGAUAUGAGGUAGCUACAGAAGGCAGCUUUGAACUCACAGCGAUCCUACUGCCUCAGCUUCCUGAUGCAGGGGUUACAGGCUCCGAAGUGGCUCCCAGCUGUGUUGGCGACAUGGCUGACAGCCCUAGAGAUGCCAUGCUCAAGCAAGCACCCGCGCCACGGAAUGAGAAGGCCCCCGUGGACUUUGGCUACGUGGGGAUCGACUCCAUCCUGGAGCAGAUGCGCAGGAAGGCCAUGAAGCAGGGCUUUGAGUUCAACAUCAUGGUGGUUGGGCAGAGUGGCCUCGGGAAGUCCACCUUAAUCAAUACCCUCUUCAAGUCCAAAAUCAGCCGGAAGUCAGUGCAGCCCAUCUCGGAGGAACGCAUCCCCAAGACGAUCGAAAUCAAGUCCAUUACCCACGAUAUCGAGGAAAAGGGGGUCCGGAUGAAGCUGACAGUGAUCGACACCCCAGGCUUUGGAGACCACAUCAACAAUGAAAACUGCUGGCAGCCUAUCAUGAAGUUCAUCAAUGACCAGUACGAGAAGUACCUGCAGGAGGAGGUCAGCGUCAACAGGAAGAAGCGGAUCCCUGACACGCGAGUCCACUGCUGCCUCUACUUCAUCCCCGCCACCGGCCACUCGCUUAGGCCCCUGGACAUUGAAUUCAUGAAGCGUCUAAGCAAGGUGGUCAACAUUGUCCCCGUCAUCGCCAAGGCUGACACGCUUACCCUGGAGGAGAGGGUUUACUUCAAACAACGGAUUACUGCAGACCUACUGUCCAAUGGCAUUGAUGUGUACCCCCAGAAGGAGUUUGAUGAGGAUUCAGAGGACCGGCUGGUGAAUGAGAAGUUCCGGGAGAUGAUCCCAUUUGCUGUGGUGGGCAGUGACCAUGAGUAUCAAGUCAAUGGCAAGAGGAUCCUGGGAAGGAAGACAAAGUGGGGUACCAUUGAAGUUGAGAACACCACUCACUGUGAAUUUGCCUACCUUCGGGAUCUCCUCAUUAGGACACACAUGCAGAACAUAAAAGACAUCACUAGCAGCAUCCACUUCGAAGCCUACCGUGUGAAACGCCUCAACGAGGGCAACAGCGCCAUGGCCAACGGGGUUGAGGAGAAGGAUCCAGAAGCCCAGGAGAUGUAGACGCCAUCCCGCCCCUGGACCCCACCCCCAAAUCUUCUCAUCCUCCCUGGCCCACCUACCCACCUACCCUGUCUUAUUUUAUAUAGUCGUCUCCAUUUGUCACCCGCCCCUUUCUCUUUCCACACUCUGCCCAGUAACAAGGGAGGGCUUAUCUUCCAAGUGUGCUCUUAUUGGCUGCAGCAGCAGGGUGGGCGGGACUACAUCCUGUGCUUGCCUCUGUGCCCUGCUGGGAAGGCUAGACCAGACUCAGCCCCUCCUGAGGGCUUACAAGAGCUGUGUGUCCAUGCCCACUCCAAGUUUUGAGCUGAAGUCUAUAGCAAGUCCCCAUGGCCACAGCCUCAAAAGCAGGCUGCACCCAGGGGAGGAUGGAGCUGGCCAGAUAGUCCUGGAGCCCCACCUGUCCCUCUACGAGUGUGGGUCCUUGUUCAUAACGCCCUCAGCUGCCUGCUCCCCAAGGAA